UAAGACGCACCCUUCCCCUGCAGCGUGUAGUCGUGGCAGACGUAAACACAGCUGAGAGGUGACAGCCGAGGCAAGAUGGUGCUCUUCAACUUUGACGUGAGAAGACUUGACAUUUACCGUAAAGUACCGAAAGAUUUAACACAGCCCACACUGACAGGGGCUGUGAUUAGUGUAACAUGCAUUACGUUCAUGUUGAUCCUCUUCACCUCGGAGCUCCUUCACUUUCUCUCAGGAGAAAUAGUGUCAGAGUUGUAUGUAGAUAACCCUGGUGAGUCAACUGACAGGAUUCCCGUUUACAUCAAGAUCUCAUUACCACGGCUUAAAUGUGAUUAUAUUGGUCUGGAUAUCCAGGAUGAUCUUGGUAGACAUGAGGUUGGUUUUGUCGAGAAUACUAACAAAAAUCCCAUCGGUGAAGAAGGCUGCCUCUUUGAAGCAAAUUUCCUCAUAAAUAAAGUGCCAG